AUGUCAAAUAAAGUUUCAUCUAAUCUAGGAGUUAGCUUAAAUGGUUUUCUUCUUUGCAAGCCAUUUGAAAACAGCAGUGAUGACUAUGAGAAAAGUGCUGCCUAUUUAAGAGAUGACCUCUCUCAGCAGAAGGACAGUGAUCCCCCAAAAGAAUACGAUCCCGGGCAAUUUGCAGGCCUGCUCCACGGAUCCUCGCCAGCCUGUGAGUCGCCUGAAAAUCCUUUCCACCUCUAUAGGAAAAGAGAUCAGUGUGAAGAAGGACAAGACGGAGUCAGUCUGGCAAGCAGUCCUUUGCCUCUCAAGCAGUCUUCAACAGAAAACAACUCAGAACGUUUAGUGAAGAAAAUCAAACCCAAAGUGGUCAGUAGAACAAUUUUUCACAAAAAAAGCAGCCAACUCGAAAACCAUACCAUUGUAGGCACACGACCUAGCAAGAGUGGAUCCCGGAGUGGGGACCAGUGGGUGGUGAGCGCAGGGGGAUUUGUGGAGAGAGCCUGUACUCUGGGGAGAAUAAGGUCCUUGCCUAGAGCCCUGAUCGACGUGCAUUUGUCAAAAAAUGUCUCUAAGUCCGAUUCGGAUCUCAUUGCCUACCCGUCCCGCGAGAAAACAUCCAGAGUUAACUGGAGUGAGUCGCCAACUGCUGAGCAUAGUUCUAAAGGAAAUUCUGAAAGAACACCGUCCUUCACAUCGGAAUGGGAAGAAAUUGACAAAAUAAUGAAUUCCAUAGAUGUUGGAAUCAACAGUGAACUGAAAGAGAUGAAUGGUGAGACCACAAGACCCAGAUGCCCCGUCCAAACAGUGGGACAAUGGUUGGAAAGCAUUGGGCUACCUCAGUACGAGAACCACCUGAUGGCUAAUGGAUUUGACAAUGUGCAGUUCAUGGGAAGCAAUGUUAUGGAAGAUCAGGAUUUGUUGGAAAUUGGAAUCCUUAAUUCCGGGCACAGGCAAAGAAUUCUGCAGGCGAUCCAGCUCCUUCCAAAGAUGAGACCCAUUGGUCAUGACGGCUACCACCCCACCUCUGUAGCAGAGUGGCUGGAUUCCAUUGAACUGGGCGACUACACCAAAGCCUUUCUAAUUAAUGGCUACACGUCGAUGGACCUGUUGAAAAAAAUCUGGGAAGUUGAACUUAUUAAUGUUUUAAAAAUCAAUUUGAUUGGCCACAGGAAACGUAUUCUGGCAUCUCUGGGAGACAGGCUGCACGAAGACCCCCCACAGAAGCCCCCCCGGUCCAUCACCCUCAGGGAACCCAGUGGUAAUCACACUCCUCCUCAGUUGUCUCCAUCACUUAGCCAAAGCACUUACACCACUGGUGGCUCCCUAGACGUUCCUCACAUUAUCAUGCAGGGCGAUGCAAGGAGGAGAAGAAAUGAAAACUACUUUGAUGAUAUUCCCCGAUCGAAGCUGGAGAGGCAGAUGGCUCAGUCGUCUGUCUGUGAAAUUUGGACGAAUCAGAAUGCUGGAUUUCCUUUCUCAGCGAUCCAUCAGGUUCAUAAUACAGGAGACUGGGGAGAGCCUUCCAUCACCUUGCGGCCUCCAAAUGAAGCCACCGCCUCGACGCCAGUGCAGUACUGGCAGCAUCACCCGGAAAAGCUCAUCUUCCAGUCAUGCGAUUACAAAGCUUUUUAUUUAGGUUCUAUGCUGAUAAAAGAGCUUAGGGGGACAGAAUCAACCCAAGAUGCUUGUGCAAAAAUGCGGGCGAACUGUCAGAAGUCUACAGAGCAGAUGAAGAAGGUCCCUACUAUUAUUCUUUCUGUCUCAUAUAAAGGAGUCAAAUUUAUCGAUGCCACAAAUAAGAACAUAAUUGCCGAGCAUGAAAUUCGUAAUAUUUCCUGUGCUGCCCAAGACCCAGAAGACCUCUCGACGUUUGCGUAUAUCACAAAAGACUUAAAGUCCAAUCACCACUACUGUCAUGUGUUUACUGCCUUCGAUGUGGUGAGUACCACCCACUUUUAAAAGACUGA